AUGCUGAAUACAACCCGAACCCGUAUCACACCGGCCUCUCGUGCCGUGUUCCGUGUCUCGACGAUCCGGCGCAUGGUGACGCGGGGCUAUGUCGAGCCCGAACGGCCUGCUGGCAACUCGAAGGAGAUCAGCUUUGAAGAGAGCGCCGGCACGCGAGUGUUCACACUGAACCGACCCAAGGCAUUGAAUGCGCUCUCGUGGGACAUGUUCUACACGAUGAUGAAGAAGGCCGAUGAAUGGCGCGAGGACCCCGACGUCACCAUGGUCAUUGGGCUGGGCGAGGGGCGCGCAUUCGCAGCCGGCGGAGAUAUCAAGUCCGUGGUGGAACAUGCACUGCGCGGCGAGAAUAUCAAGUCCCUGACGAUGAUGGGCGACUCGUACCGCCUCAACUGGAAGAUGGCGCACCUCGGCAAACCCUACGUGGCAUUCAUGGACGGCGUGACGAUGGGAGGAGGCGCCGGACUCGCUCUGGGUGGAUGUGUACGUAUCGCGACGCCCCGCACAAUCUACGCCAUGCCCGAGCAGCGGAUCGGAUUCAGCCCCGACUUUGGGGGUUCGUACUACAUGUCCCAGUUGGAUGGGCAGAUCGGAACAUGGCUUGCUGUUACUGGACGCGACGUAUACGGACGCGAAGUGUACGAGUUGGGCAUUGCGACGCACUAUGUCCCCGAGGAGGCUGUCCCCGAGAUCAAGGAUCGUCUCGCGGCGCUGGAGAACCCGACGCCCGAACAAAUCUCCGACAUUGUCGCCGAGUAUCACCUCCCUGGUGGGGAGGGGUUGAGUUCCAAGACCAACCCUAAUGGCCGGACGCCAAUUACUGGCGACGUAAGGAGGUUUCUCGACGAGGCAUUUACACACACCUCCCUCAAGGAGCUGUACACCCACAUGGUGGGGGCGGAGACGGACGAGUCUCUCAGUCCAGAGGUGCGGGCGUGGGUCAAGGAACAGAGGGAGAUGAUGGACACCCGCGGACCAACAGGCAUGGCGGUCGCGAUUGAAAACUACCACUCUGCAGGCAAGGCGAAGCGCCUAGCCACGACAUUUGAGCAGGACAUGCUCAUCGCAACUGGUUUCGUCGGCACCAAUCGCUCCAGUAACGAUAUUAUGAUUGGCGUAGUUCACGCUCUCUUUGAGAAGAACAAGACGCCCAUCCCCUUCAGUCCUUCCAUUAAAGAGUUGGAUGCGCCCAUUUUCGACCCGGCCAACAUCCGGGCAAAUUUCUUCGACCGCGCCUCACCCCACCUCUUCGACGCGCCGCCCAUGGAUGUGGGAGACGCCCUCCUUCCUCCUCCCCAGAGCGUGGUGGGACCCGACUCGAACUGGGGUACUUUCCGGCGUUUCGGCCUUCCGUCAGAGGAACACGUACGGGUCGCAAUCGACGACGCGCGGGGCAAGAUCACUUCCGCAGACUUGGUCGAGCGUGUGGCCGGACACGAGACGCACCCAGCAAGAAGGAGCGAGUUUGAAUCCACCGUGUGGCGCAUCAUCGCGGAUCGCACCUCGCAAGGAACAGUCAUGCAGUGGAACUAG